CUUUAGUUUCGGCCUGACGAAAGCGAGCUGGCGUGAAAGGCAAGUCGAAGGGUUAAAAUAACCUCUUAUCGCCAUUGGUUUUCUGGAGCAAAGAAGGGCGGUAUUCCUCUGCGCGACCACUGGCAGUUAUUCCUCAGCAGAACACACACACACAGACACAGGGCUUGGGAUAGCUCGCAGAUAUAUAAAUCUAGCAGAGAAAGAAAUCGAGCAGAGAGGGGGAGGGUUCGGGAGGAAGAGAGGAACCAGGAGAAGGUGGUGGUGUUCAAAGAGAGGGGGGAUGGAGAGGAGGAAGGCGAUGACGUGGGCAAGGGUGGGGAAGUCGGUGCAGGCGGUAUUGGCGCAUGGAAUGUUAUUCUGCUUUACGAUCUUCCUCUCUCUCAAGACUGACGGCCGCAUGCGUUACUCGUGGUGGAUAAUUUUUACCCCUCUUUGGAUCUUUCAUGCUGCUGUUGCAAGAGGAAGGUUCUCCUUACCAGCUCCCGCAUUACCUCAUGAUCGUCAAUGGGCACCUUGCCAUACUCUUGUCGCAACACCACUACUUGUGGCCUUUGAGCUACUUCUUUGUACGUAUCUCGAGAGCCUCAGAGUCCAUGAAUCUGCAGCCAUGAGCUUAAAGAUUGUUUUUCUUCCACUUUUGGCUUUCGAAGUAAUUAUUCUUCUUGACAACUUCAGAAUGUGUCGAGCUCUAAUGCCCGGAGAUGAAGAAAGCAUGAGUGAUGAGGCUAUAUGGGAGACACUUCCUCACUUUUGGGUUGCAAUAUCCAUGGUGUUUCUUAUAGCAGCCACAACAUUCACGCUGCUUAAGCUUUGCGGUGAUGUUGGUGCCCUUGGCUGGUGGGAUUUAUUCAUAAAUUAUGGAAUUGCAGAAUGCUUUGCUUUUCUUGUGUGUACCAAGUGGUCUAAUCCAUUGAUACAUGGACGAGGGCAUUUUGCAGAAGCCAGCUCAUCUUCUUCAACAAUAAGAUAUCGUGAUUGGAAUAGCGGCUUGAUGUUUUCUUCAAUAGAAGAUCAAGAUCAUGAUAGGUUAUGUGGCUUGCCAGAUAUAGGAGGCCAUAUUAUGAAAAUUCCACUUGUAGCUUUUCAGAUUUUGAUGUGUAUGAAAUUAGAGGGAACACCGCCAGCAACUAGAUACAUCCCAAAUUUGGUUCUUUUCUGUCCACUAUUUCUUCUGCAAGGGGCUGGUGUCUUGUUUGCCAUAUCAAAGUUGGUGGAGAAGCUGGUUCUUCUUUUUCGCAGCGGAUCACUGAAUGGACGGUAUCUCACAAUCUCAUCAAGAACUCAAGACUGCUUUGCUUUUCUGCAUCAUGGCUCAAGGCUAAUUGGAUGGUGGUCCAUUGAUGAAGGAAGCAAAGAAGAGCAAGCACGGCUUUAUCAUGCUGAAACAAUUGGGUACAACACUUUCCAGGGCUACCCACCCGAGGUGGUGAAGAAAAUGCCAAAGAAAGAUCUUGCAGAGGAGGUCUGGAGACUGCAAGCAGCUUUGGGUGAACAAGCUGAGAUCACUAAGUACAGCCAACAAGAGUAUGAAAGACUCCAAAAUGAGAAAGUUCUAUGCAGAAUCUGCUUCGAAGCUGAAAUAUGUAUGGUCCUUCUGCCCUGCCGUCACCGUACCUCAUGCAAACCAUGUGCGGAGAAGUGCAAGAAGUGUCCCAUCUGUCGUGUUGCCAUUGAGGAGAGGAUGCCUGUUUAUGAUGUAUGACACUUUUAAUAAUAAUAAUAAUAAUAAAGUAAUGUUAUAAAUAACAAUUGUAUAUAUAUAAAUAUAGGCGACUCCUGUAUGCAGUUGAAUGCGCGUGAUUUUGGGUUGUGAUAAUUCUUGGAUAUAUUUACUUUGCGCUGAAAAAAUGUAAAUAAAAUAAUGUUUUCUUUUUUUUUUUUAAUUUUUAUUUUUAGGGCUUUGUUUACAUGCCACACAAUUGUAACGCAUUUGCAUUUCUAACUGACUAACAUUAAAUAAAUAAAUACCAC